AUGGGUGCCGAGGCUUCUCGGCUGUUUGAGAUCCCAGGACUCGUGCGUACAGGCAGCACUGUAACUUGGGAGGCAUUCGACGUCCCGCUUCACCAGAUCGUUACUCGCUACACACAGGUGGCCAAGCGAAAGCAGCUUGGACGACAAGCGCCCUCCUGGGUGGACGCUGUGCCUUGUGCUGUACUGCAGCGCUCUGUCACCGAGUACAAGUCACACGUGAAAACGUACUUCGCCUACGCGCAGCAGAUUUCCAUGCACCAGCGUGUACCAACGCCUGUGUUCUCUGUCAAGACGGGAGAGAACGAUUCCGUCCCUGUUUCAACUGACAGUGCUCUCGCAGCUGCUUCAUUAGCGUGA